CCCAGUAACAGAGAUACCCCAGAGAGAUGUCCCCGUCCUCUGUAUUCCCAGGAUUGUACAGAGGAGAAUCACAGGACCCCACAGGAGGAUCAGGUAGAACGUCUUUCUUGUAUAAAGGCAGAAGAUAUAAGGAGAGAAGAAGAGACAUAUGUGACUGAUAUAAAGGCAGAAGAUAUAGAGGAAGAAGAAGAGACAUAUGUGACUGAUAUAAAGGCAAAAGAUAUAGAGGGAGAAGAAGAGAUGUAUGUGACUGAUAUAAAGGCAGGAGAUAUAGAGGGAGAAGAGGAGACAUAUGCGACUGAUAUGAAGGCAGAAGAUAUAGAGGGAGAAGAAGAGACGUAUGUGACUGAUAUAAAGGCAGAAGAUAUAGAGGAAGAAGAAGACACGUAUGUGACUGAUAUAAAGGAAGAAGAUAUAGAGGGAGAAGAAGAGAAGUAUGUGACUGAUAUAAAGGCAAAAGAUACAGAGGAAGAAGAAGAGACGUAUGUGACUGAUAUAAAGGCAGAAGAUACAGAGGGAGAAGAAGAGACGUAUGCGACUGAUAUGAUGACAGAAGAUACAGAGGGAGAAGAAGAAACGUAUGUGAGGGGUGAUCAGCAGUGUAAGGAGGAGGAGAUCCCUACAGAUAUCAGCACAGGAGAUGGACACACAAGCAGGAAUAUCUCAGAAGGACAUCUAAUGUUAUCCCCGGAUUGUGACAUAAAAGAUAAUGACAGUAGACAGGAUUCUCCAGGAGAUAACCCCAUUACCCCAAUUAUACAUCCAGCUCUAUCAGCUGAUCCCUCUGAUCCUGGGAAAUGUUCUCCUGAUCACUCUGAUAUUGGUGCAUCUGUUACAGCUCUGAGAGUAGAUUCAGUGUUUCCUUGUUCUAUAGAUGCACCAUGUUUUACACAGAACACAAACCGUAUUACUCAUCAGCCAGCUAAGGCAGGUGAGAGGCCAUUUCCAUGUUCUGAGUGUGGGAAAUGUUUUACAUAUAAAUCAUAUCUUGUUACACAUCAGAGAAGUCACACAGGUGAGAAGCCGUAUUCCUGUUCUGAGUGUGGGAAAUGUUUUUCAUUGAAAUCACAUCUUGUUAGUCAUCAGAGAAGUCACACAGGGGAGAAGCCAUAUUCCUGUUCUGAGUGUGGGAAAUGUUUUGCACAGAAAUCAGCUCUUGUUACACAUCAGAGAAGUCACACAGGUGAGAAGCCAUUUUCAUGUUCUGAGUGUGGGAAAUGUUUCGCAUAUAAAUCAGAUCUUGUUACACAUCAGAGAAGUCACACAGGUGAGAAGCCGUAUUCCUGUUCUGAGUGUGGGAAAUGUUUUGCACAGACAUCAGCUCUUGUUACACAUCAGAGAAGUCACACAGGUGAGAAGCCAUAUUCCUGUUCUGAGUGUGGGAAAUGUUUUUCAUUGAAAUCACAUCUUGUUAGUCAUCAGAGAAGUCACACAGGGGAGAAGCCAUAUUCCUGUUCUGAGUGUAGGAAAUGUUUUGCACGGAAACCAGCUCUUGUUAUACAUCAGAGAAGUCACACAGGUGAGAAGCCGUAUUCCUGUUCUGAGUGUGGGAAAUGUUAUUCAUCGAAACCAGAUCUUGUUAUACAUCAGAGAAGUCACACAGGUGAGAAGCCAUUUUCCUGUUCUGAGUGUGGGAAAUGUUUUUCAUCGACAUCAGUUCUUGUUAAACAUCAGCGAUUUCACAGAUGAGAAGCCAUUUUCAUGCUGUGAGAGAAAUAAAUCUGCUCUUGUUGAACAUAUUAGACAUUACCCAAGUACGGAACCAUUUACAUCUUCUGGAGUAUAAUUAUCACUGCCGUCCAAUGUUCCUCAAGGGUGAAUCCUAUCUCCUAUGCUUUAUGCAAUAUAAAUGCUACCACUGGGUGAUAUAAUCAGACGUCUUGGCCUGGUCUACCACUGCUAUGCAGAUGACCUGCUUUUUGCUCCAUGUACUGAGAACCUAAUACCAAUCCUAAAUGGUUGUCUAGCUGAGCGCCAGGGGUGGAUGAUACCAGUUGGCUGUGACUCAGUCUUUGUGAAACAUAAUAGAAGCUCCCGAACAAAGGACAAGACUACAGCUUUACCAACCAUCUGGAUUUAUGCUUUGGUGUUCAGAAUUGCAAAAUACUAAACAUGUGCUGAAUCUUUGUGUUGUCCUGGUAUGUGGCUGACACAGACAUCAGGUAUCUGCCACAUACUAAUCCUCAUUCUUCCAUCUGUGGACCAUAGCCAGAAUCAAGCACUUGAUUCCCUCAGAAGUUCAUAGACUACUGCAAUGCCAUCUACCUGGGUCACCCAGCAAAAGAAUUACAGAGCUUGCAGCUAGUACAGAAUGCAGCAGCCAAGCUGUUACCUAACCAGCCCGUUCCUGCCUCCUAACACCCAUUCUCUAUUCCCUUCACCGGCUGCCUCUAAGAUGACAAAUCUAUUUCAUAAUUGGCUAACUGACCUUCCCAGCCCAACAUUACAUGGUCCAAGGAACUAGAAGCAGCUUCUGCCUCCUUACUGCCCUGCUUGCUUGCUUCUACAGAUGGACUGUUACCAGCAGUACCAAGAAUCUCCUGUCAUUCAUUUAUGGGUUGAACGUUUAGCUUUGACCAUGGAACUCACUGCCUUGCACAGUCCAAGAGGCCUCCACUCUAGAGACCUUCACAAGCAGACUGAUGACUGUUACUCACGCUUUUCAUUAAUGUACCUCUAUUUACUUCCUAAAUAAUACAUCCCAAAUGCUUAGGUCUUUUUUCUGCUGUUUAUUUUGUAUCUUGUGCUUUGUGUAAAUGUGAAUGUCUAAUACCAGUUUCCACAAUCUGUAUUGCUGCACGACAAUAUGGCGGCAAUUGGAACGUGUUUUCACUUCUUCUAGUUUGCCUAACUUGUUGCAGACACUCAUCUUGAUCAGGAGUGUCGAGUGUUUUCUUAUACAAGAUCCUGUCCAUAUAUACCCUGUACAUUAUCAUGUGCAUUAGAGUCACCCGGGUUCCAUCUGCGGUGGUUUGUUGUAUGUUACAUCUAUAUGGUGCGGAUACUCCCCUGUAUUUCAUAAUAAAAGCUUUUGUUUGCAUCUAA